GUUCGCUGUGCCAGUGUCCAUCGUGACUUGUGUUUCUCAAGGAGUGCAUCCACACGCGCGCUGCUUAGCCUUCGAUGACUCGUGCGCAGUGACGUUCUCGAGGCCGCAGGAGGUUCCGCGCUGAGGCCCUUCCUGGACGCCCUUCCUAGACUUGAGCGACGGCGGGUGAAAGCUGGGUCAUGUUAUCUCGCUAAGGCGAAUUUGUUAACCUGUAUGGUUGAUUUUCUUGUUAUGCCAUUGGAUCUAAAGAAACCAGACAUUAAUUCUACAUGAACAAAGUGGUACUAGAGCUAAAUGCCUUCCAAUAUUCUGGAGGAUACAUUCAUAUGCGUCUAUGACUGACAUUUUGUGAUAUAAACACGGUACAAUAACUUACACCAUAGCCAUCAGUGCAGAUAUUAGAUCAUCAUAAAUACUCAACAUCAAUUUUGUCAUAUUCUGCAACAAUUCAUAGACUAAUCAUUUAAAUGUUAUGUGAUUCUCAAGCGUCGUUCCCCUAAAUAGGCUGCUACCUGAUAAGGUUCAUAUUAACCCCAUCACCCAAGCUGAGCCUGACAAGCUCGUCACAGAUGACAGGUCCAUCUGGUUUGUGAUAACUAGUCGAUGAUAGUAGCUGAUAAGUAACGAGUGCUGAUAACUCGGAACGCACCGAUAAACAGUAAACAUUUCCCUUUUUUGUUACUUAUCACCGUCAUUGUUUCAUAAUGAAGCUGAAGCCAUAAGAAAGCAUGCCAGGCACAAAUCCAGGGAUGGGGUGGUUACGUUUCACACUUAUGGGAGAUUAAGAGACAUUCACAUCCUGAUAAUUUGCACAACAAGUGAUACAAGAAAGCCAGAGGCCCUUGCAUGGCUGUGAGAUAACCAUCCUGGCCUGCGGAUGUCGCCAUGCUCGUAUCAAAACUCACUGCUCUGCUGUUCGGCCUUCUGGUUGUACUCGUCUCCUUCUCGUUCGGGGCGGCGAUCAGGGGCGUGUCGGGCCUCCCACACAGCAGCUUCAGGAGGGUCAAGUCCCCGGUGUCUCAGAACAAAUUUUUAAGGCCUGCCGAUUCCAAAAGGUCUGGCGAAGACCAUGGGGUAGCAGCGAUUAAAGAAGUGCCACUGGCUCUGGACUUAACCUUGGACGUGAAAGUGACGGACAACGGAAACGGUAGAUAUGACAGAACUGCAAUCUCACUUUCCAAACAUCCGGGAGAUAAUGGCUACAGGCCGGAGAAAAGCGUUACGAAGAAAUUGGUCAGACGUGGAGAAAGGCUGACCUCUAGCUCCACGGCUGACGAAGUCCUGACAACGAAAGCCACGACUCACGAGAGAAAAGAAGUCAGUAAGAAUCAAGUCCCUCUCCUCUCCUCGAUUGAGAGUCUCCAGCAGUCAGAAGAAUCUUCGUUGGCCCCAGAAGACGCCAUGUUCCCUACAACAGGAAAGAUAAUAGAGGAGGAAAAGGGUGAUAGGGUUAAAGGCUACACCCUUUCGUCACAUUCGAAGAACAGGUGCGAGUUCAGGUCGGCACCACCUGAAGUAGCCUUUCCAGAUGCGUUCGAAGAGUUUUCUAAGUCGAUGAAAGCAAGCCUCAGCCGCAAUGACGAACCUGAAGACGUGUUCCUCGACAGCCUCCUUCCCGAUGGAUGCUACUACAUGGAGAGGCAGAAGAAGAAAGUCAUGUGCACCGGAACCAACAUGACGUCCAUCCCCGAGUUCGACCACGCGAGGAACAUCGAAACACUGCACUUCAGCGGGACGUCCAUCGUGCAGGUGACCAACCUCGACCCUCUCCCGAGAUCCCUCAAGGGACUCUACUUCUCCAACGGCAUGCUCAAGGUCUUUGACGGCAGGAACCUCAACAGGGUGUCUGGGCUCGAAGUCCUCUCCCUCGACGCCAACUUCAUCAACAGCUGGAGCUUCGUCACCACCUUCUACUCCAUGGGCGGCUUCGCUGAGCAGAACACCAUCAAAUUGCUCGACAUUCAAAGCAACCAAAUAACUUAUCCACUGUCUCUUCAUCUUGCGCAGCCUCAGCCGGUCGGGGACAACGAGACAGUAUUGCCUUUCCUGGAGACUUUCGUCCUGAACGAUAACCCCUUGUGUUACUUGCCAGACACGCUCUUCAAGCCUCUAAGGAACAGUAAUGUCACCAGGCUUUAUCUGAAGAACUGCAACAUCAACGAAUUUUACGGAUCUCCCUUAUCCUACUUACCAAACUUGGAAAUCUUGGACCUCACGAACAACAGGGCCAUUAACGAAACCGAGCUGAGGGACCUCCUGAUGCCUCUCGGCCGCCUGAAGGAACUGUACCUCGGCAACAACAACUACCCGACCGUCCCUACCAGAGCACUGUCCUUGGUGAACGGCACCUUAGAGAAGCUGGACCUCCAUUCCUCGACCUUCACAUGCCUCGAUAACUCCUCGUUCCCUGUGAUGCCGAUCCUGACGCACCUCAACCUCAUGUACUGCAGGAUCAACGCGAUCCGGGAAUACACAUUCCAAGGAUUCCCGAUGCUGCAGGAACUGAACUUAGACGGCAACAGCCUCACCACAGUGCCCCCUGAGGUACUGCUUCCCUCGCUACAGAUCCUGACGCUGAGUGACAACCCGCGCGCCAACGGCAACAACGGCGACCAGCGCUUUAGCAUGGAGGACGUCAGUUUCCGAGACAUGGUGAACCUGAAGAAGAUCACCUUGAACCAGGUCAUUAUGGAAAAGAUAGAGAGCUCUUACUUCAACGAUCUGCACAACCUCGAGGAACUCUUCCUGACGGGCUGUGGCAUCAAAACCAUCGAAAACUUAAGCUUCGUGAACCUCACCAAGCUGGAGCGGCUGCACCUCAGCGACAACUCCAUCAGCUCCCUCUACAACGACAGCUUGGUUGGCCUCGUGAAUCUGACCUACCUUGACCUCUCCAACAACAAGCUUGAAGUGACCAAUCGCAUGGCGCGCUCAGGUUUCUUAUUCCCCGCGUCUCGAACCGAGUCGGUCUCGUCCGAUACUGUUUCGGAUACUCGAGAAAUAAACGUGUUUUUUGAGAGCAUCAGAGUCCCUUCGCCUCUGAUUCCGUGGCUGACCAGUAUACGAAGGAACGCGAGGGCCGUGGGAACCCGAGCAUGGGAGGAGGAGGAUCUGCAGAAGAAAAUGAUAGCCACUUUGCCCUUCAGCGACCUGGUAAACCUGAGGACGCUCAACCUCUCCGAAAACAAGAUCAUUCAAAUAUCGCCGGAAUUAUUCCACAACCUCACGAACCUUCUGUUUCUCGACAUCAACAACAACAGGCUGAUGACCUGGGACGAGCCGGUGUUCGGGUCUAUCCCCAACCUAACGGAGCUCCACCUGAGGAUGAACUUGCUCGAUGGUAUCACCGACGCAAUGGAGGAGGACUUCCGGAAGGAGAGCCUCAAACUCGUCGACCUCCAAAACAACAGCUUCAAGUGCGACUGUAGCCUGAGCAAGUUCAACAGGUCGCUCAAUACGUCGAACUUCCUGAACUGGCCUUAUCAGUGCUCGGAAGGGGAAACAGACGUGGACAUGGAGGAAUACAUUGCGAGGGCGCCGUGUAACUUUGCCACCCAGCCCCAGGGCCACGUUCGGGCGCGGACCGUCGUCAUCGCCUCGAUUCUCUCGGUCUUGCUCGUGGUGGCCUCCGUCAUGGUCUACAGGAAGCGAUGGUAUGUGCGCUACUUCGUGUACACAGUGAGGAUGAGAGCAAAGGUGACACACGAUGAAGCCGACAAGUACCUGUACGACACCUUCGUCUGUUACUCGCAGACGGACCGCCAGUGGGUGUUCGAGCACCUGGUGGCCAAGCUGGAGGACGGGGGAAGGUGGGCUCGAUCCCUCUCUCUCUUGCUGAUUCUUGGCUUUGAAAUGAAUACAAAGCCGAAAAUCCAGCGAAAUUCGAGCUCUGCUGCUGUGUCACUGUUCUUAACCACCUGUUCAGCAAGUGCAAGCAGCGGCAAGAUGUUGCAGUCUGCCGAUUGGGAAAAUCUAUAUUUUAAUCAAUUGUAUAAUCACUGGAAAGGAUGCAUACCUCAGGUGUGGACUACAAGCAUCAUCGUACCCAUACUAGCUAGCACUGACAAGUCCCGGCCUAUUUCCCUCACCUCAUGCUUCUACAGGGUACAUGAACGCAUCAUACUCGACCGUCUGCCGCCUGCAACCCAAGCUCUCACGUUGACUCUAGUGGACUUUGGUGUGAAGGGACGUUUACUUAAGUGGAUACGACGCUACCUCAGCAACAGAACUGCCUGUGUCCUUUUUAAUGGCGCCUGUAGUACACGCAAAAUUUUAGAAAUGUGCACUCCUCAAGAUAACAUUUGCAUCAACGCUAAUUUACCACAGGGUAUCCAGCUCCUCCUCCGCGCCUCAUCUGCCGCUUGUGGUCUCGUCAUCUCCCUUGAAAAAAAUAGAAUCUUCUCCUACUGUCCCUCGCUGCUCGUAGUACCUCUACUUGGGCGCGCCUGUACGAGUCAUCCCGACCAUCCCAGCACGAUAGAGGAUCCACCCCAUUGUCAAGGACCUCCUGGAUCGACUACAACAGCGCUUCACCCCCUGUCAGCAGGGAAGCACUUGAUCCAGUCACACCUAGACCUAAUCUUCGGCCGCGUGGCCGUCACCUUAUUAAGACUGUAUGCGCCAGCCUCCACAGACUCGCUAUUGAUGUCCCUGCAGAAGAUGAUCCUGGUUUACCGCCCUGCAACUGGCCUGGCACUAGAGGCCAUCACCAAAGUGUCUGCAUCUGUUCCCGCUGCCCAUCAACGGCUCUCUGCAGGCAGACGGGAGCGCGGCGUGAGCCAAGCCCCCCCCCCCCUACCUCCCACCCAGGGGGUGGAGGAUGGGUUGGUUGUAGAUUACCCAUCUCCUCAAGCUCUACCUACUGUGAGCCCGGGUGUUGUCAUUCUCCUCACUCAGAGGGGGCUGAACGAAGUUGUGAUCUGUGACUCCCAGAAUGUAGAACGUGAUAGCAGUGUUUUCAUCCAAGACUACGUGAACUGUGCACACAAAUACCGUCGCCGUGGGCUCAUGAUACGUAGAGACAAUGUGACAAUGUCUCAGGCAGAGGACAUGCCCCAUAAUUCGUCUCGCAAAUUGUGA